AUGGCAGGUAGUAAGGUUAAGAUGAAGGAAAAGGACAAGAAAGAGCAGACCAACAAACGAGGGUCGGCUAAUCAGCAGGCUGAGAAGGCCAAGAAGCGCCCGCCACCCCUGGAUCUUUCUGCCGCCAAGGUAAAGGAUGAUACAAAUGAUGAACACCGCAUAAACACAGAAGACUCGGUGUAUUCAUGCUCGGAACUAGACCCAGAUCAUCCCUGCCGUUACCUAAAUGCUAAAGACGUACGGUGUCAAGUCCACAAUGCACCAUCUGGGCAGCUCCCUGGGACGAAAUACGCUACACCAUUUUACAACAAUGAGGACCUUGACAACUUGAAGAGCAAAGGUCCAAGACUAGAGUUUCCUCUUCGUAAUGAUGGAUCAUCAUAUCGACGCGGCCCUCCUGGACCAGUGCGUGCAAUCUACAACGAGGACCCCGAGAAGCGUACGAAUUUCGACGUGGUUUACCAUACUACCACGGACCCCAAGAAACACAGCGAGGACCUCGACGUUGCAAAAUACAGACCAAGUAGCAAACGUUGA